GCCGCCGCCGCCGCGGACAAUGAGAGGUCCCAUCUGAUGCCCAGGCUGAAGGAGUCUCGUUCCCACGAGUCCCUGCUCAGCCCCAGCAGUGCGGUAGAGGCGCUGGACCUCAGCAUGGAGGAGGAGGUGGUCAUCAAGCCGGUGCACAGCAGCAUCCUGGGCCAGGACUACUGCUUCGAGGUGACCACGUCAUCAGGAAGCAAGUGCUUCUCCUGCCGAUCGGCAGCCGAGCGGGAUAAGUGGAUGGAGAACCUUCGGCGAGCGGUACACCCCAACAAGGACAACAGCCGGCGUGUGGAGCACAUCCUAAAGCUGUGGGUGAUCGAGGCCAAGGACCUGCCGGCCAAGAAGAAGUAUCUGUGUGAGCUGUGCCUGGACGACGUGCUCUACGCCCGCACCACGGGCAAGCUCAAGACGGACAAUGUCUUCUGGGGCGAGCACUUUGAGUUCCACAACCUGCCCCCUCUGCGCACCGUCACCGUCCACCUGUACCGGGAGACUGACAAGAAGAAGAAGAAGGAGCGCAACAGUUACCUGGGCCUGGUGAGCCUCCCUGCCGCCUCGGUGGCUGGGCGGCAGUUCGUGGAGAAGUGGUACCCGGUGGUGACGCCCAACCCCAAGGGCGGCAAGGGCCCCGGGCCCAUGAUCCGCAUCAAGGCUCGCUACCAGACCGUCACCAUCCUGCCCAUGGAGAUGUACAAGGAAUUUGCCGAGCACAUCACCAACCACUACCUGGGGCUCUGUGCAGCCCUCGAGCCCAUCCUCAGCGCCAAGACCAAGGAGGAGAUGGCAUCAGCCCUGGUGCACAUCCUGCAGAGCACGGGCAAGGUGAAGGACUUCCUGACGGACCUGAUGAUGUCAGAGGUGGACCGCUGUGGGGACAAUGAGCACCUUAUCUUCCGGGAGAACACGCUGGCCACCAAGGCCAUCGAGGAGUACCUCAAGCUGGUGGGCCAGAAGUACCUGCAAGAUGCGCUAGGUGAGUUCAUCAAAGCUCUGUACGAGUCGGAUGAGAACUGCGAAGUGGACCCGAGCAAGUGCUCGGCCGCCGACCUCCCCGAGCACCAGGGCAACCUCAAGAUGUGCUGCGAGCUAGCCUUCUGCAAGAUCAUCAACUCCUACUGUGUCUUCCCACGGGAGCUGAAAGAGGUAUUUGCCUCAUGGCGACAGGAGUGCAGCAGCCGUGGCCGGCCUGACAUCAGCGAGCGACUCAUCAGCGCCUCCCUGUUUCUGCGCUUCCUCUGCCCUGCCAUCAUGUCGCCCUCACUCUUCAACCUGCUGCAGGAGUACCCCGAUGACCGCACUGCCCGCACCCUCACCCUCAUCGCCAAGGUUACCCAGAACCUGGCCAACUUCGCCAAGUUUGGCAGCAAGGAGGAGUACAUGUCAUUCAUGAACCAGUUCCUGGAGCACGAGUGGACCAACAUGCAGCGCUUCCUGCUGGAGAUCUCCAACCCCGAGACCGUCUCCAACACGGCCGGCUUCGAGGGCUACAUCGACCUGGGCCGCGAGCUCUCCAGCCUGCACUCGCUGCUCUGGGAGGCCGUCAGCCAGCUGGAGCAGAACAUUGUAUCCAAACUGGGACCCCUGCCUCGAAUCCUGAGGGAUGUCCACACAGCACUGAGUACCCCAGGCAGUGGGCAGCUCACGGGGACCAACGACUUGGCCUCCACUCCUGGCUCUGGCAGUAGCAGCAUCUCGGCCGGGCUGCAGAAGAUGGUGAUCGAGAAUGAUCUCUCUGGACCGCUGGCGUCGGCCUCGCCUGACUGGGCUGGCCCCGGAGCCCGGCUCCGGCAGCCGUCGUCCUCAUCCAAGGGUGACAGCCCGGAGCUGAAGCCUCGCGCGGUGCACAAGCAGGGCCCUUCACCCGUGAGCCCCAAUGCCCUGGACCGCACGGCCGCUUGGCUCUUGACCAUGAACGCGCAGUUGUUAGAAGACGAGGGCCUGGGCCCAGACCCCCCCCACAGGGAUAGGCUAAGGAGUAAGGAGGAGCUCAGCCAAGCAGAAAAGGACCUGGCCGUGCUGCAGGACAAGUUGCGGAUCUCCACCAAGAAGCUGGAGGAGUACGAGACCCUGUUCAAGUGCCAGGAGGAGACGACGCAGAAGCUGGUGCUGGAGUACCAGGCGCGGCUGGAGGAGGGUGAGGAGCGGCUGCGGCGGCAGCAGGAGGACAAGGACAUCCAGAUGAAGGGCAUCAUCAGCAGGUUGAUGUCUGUGGAGGAGGAGCUGAAGAAAGACCACGCGGAGAUGCAAGCAGCUGUAGACUCCAAACAGAAGAUCAUCGAUGCCCAGGUGGGUUCCGGCCCUGUGCUCAGCCAUAGGCAUUAA